UUGAUUUUUUAUCGGCCAUUGUGUUUUGACUUCUGAUUUGUUUUGCUUGGGAACGUUCUUUACUUUUGUGCUAAAACAUUCAUGUGUUUGGUUCAUGGUUUCAUGUGGACGAAGCCGGCGAAGAGCUUGAAAAUUAUUAAGUGAACAAUAUUUAUAUCAGAUAGACGUAUAGUUACAUACCGGCGGCUGGAACCACCUGAUUCGUAAUUAGUCCAGGAUUGUUGGCCAAACCCAAUGCAUGACAACAAUAAGGUAACCGUACCUGUUUGAAUAACCGGAGAAGGAACAUACAUACUCUAAAGUAGUAAUAUAUAAUUCAAAGGCGUCUUGUUCUGGGAAGAACAAAUUUUAGGUGUAAGCUUCGUAUAUGAACUCCUCAAAGAUAUAUCUUACCAAACAAACAUGAUGGACACGAGGUCAAAACUAUCCACGGAAAAUUUAGAAGUCUUCAUCAACGAUUAUCUCAAGGAAGAUCUAAAACAUUUGGAAAAAUACAUCAAUCAAUACAAUGAAGAAAUCAUGGAAUAUAUUCAACUAAAAAACACAAUUCAAACAAUGCGAGACAAUUUCACAGAUGGCUAUAAAACUCAAAUGAAUAUUGGUGGUAAUAUUUUCAUGGAAGCGAAGGUGGAUAAUUUGGAUACAAUUCUGGUGGACAUUGGCAAGGGGGUGUACAUACCAUUCACGGCCGAGGAGGCACUGAAAUUUGCCGAUUUUAAAAUAAAAAUCCUUAACAAGGAAUGUGAUGUGCUGCGCGAGGAGAGUGUAAAGAAACGUUCGGCCAUCAAGGUGACGUUGAUGUAUAUGGCGGAGCAGGAGAAAUUGGUGGCUGGUGACAAGGAUUAGUUGAAAGAUAUGAAUAUAAUAUCAAAAAGAAAAAAAAUUAGAAAUGAUAAAUUAAGAUAGACAUAAUUAUUCAGUAAAUGUAUAUAUUAGUAAUAAAAGUUUCCAAAGCUUUUAAAAAGCGGAACUCCACCCAGUUUUCUUUAAAAUUAUACAACAACUGCAACCCA